AAAUUGCUAGUCUCCUUUUCUUUCCUUCAGUUCACUACUAGUUCCCUUCCCUUCCCUUCCCUUUUGGUUCCCUUCCGUCCAAACAGAGUAUUUAUUUCCCUUACUUUCCCGUCCUUUCCAACCUACCAAACACGCUGCAAUUCGGCCAAAAUCAGCUCUGUCUUCCUUUCUUUCUCCCAAUCUGAUUCCUCAAGCCUAUAGAAUCUUUUUUCACCGUGUAAGAUAAUAACCAGAAAAGAACCAAUUUCCAAAACCCUAUUUUUUGAACAUGAAUUCCUGAGAAAAAUUCAUCGGAUUAUAUAGAUAUCAAUUGCAAUUGUAUUAGUAAAAGAAAAGAACGGAAAGAAAGAAAAAAAACAACAAUGUCAGAAAACGACACAGAAAAGAAAGUUGCUGAUAGGUAUCUCAAGCGUGAGGUGCUUGGUGAAGGUACUUAUGGUGUCGUCUACAAAGCCAUCGAUACUAAGACUGGACAGACAGUGGCUAUUAAGAAAAUUCGGCUUGGGAAGCAAAAGGAGGGGGUUAAUUUUACAGCACUUCGAGAGAUUAAACUGCUUAAAGAGCUUAAAGACCCAAAUAUAAUCGAGUUGAUUGAUGCAUUCCCUCACAAAGGAAAUUUGCAUCUUGUCUUCGAGUUCAUGGAGACUGAUCUUGAAGCAGUUAUUCGUGACCGAAACAUAUUUCUUUCACCAGCUGACAUAAAAUCAUACUUUCAGAUGACAUUGAAGGGACUGGCUUACUGCCACAAGAAAUGGGUUCUCCAUAGAGAUAUGAAGCCAAACAACUUGUUGAUAGCUUCUAAUGGACAGCUUAAACUUGCAGAUUUUGGUUUGGCACGAAUUUUUGGGAGCCCAGAUCGCAAGUUCACUCACCAAGUCUUUGCUCGAUGGUAUAGAGCGCCUGAGCUGUUGUUUGGCACCAAACAAUAUGGUUCUGGGGUUGAUGUUUGGGCUGCAGCCUGUAUAUUUGCUGAACUCCUCCUUCGCCGACCAUUUCUACAGGGAACAAGUGAUAUUGAUCAAUUAGGGAAGAUUUUUCAAGCCUUUGGGACUCCAACACCUUCUCAGUGGCCUGAUUUGGUCUACCUUCCUGAUUAUGUGGAAUACCAAUCUGUUCCUGCACAACCUUGGCGUAAAUUGUUUCCGAUGGCUACUGAUGAUGCUUUAGAUCUGUUGGCAAAGAUGUUUACUUAUGAUCCAAAAGUUAGAAUAUCGGUUGAACAGGCAUUAGAGCACCGGUACUUCUCAUCUGCACCUCUGCCUACGGAGCCGGCUAAGCUCCCUAGACCUGCCCCCAAGCGGGAAUCUGUCAAUCCUAGAGCUUCAGAUUUCCAUCCACUGGAGGGACCCACUGUGCUAUCACCUCCAAGGAAGGCAAGAAGAGUGAUGCCUGACCGUGAGGGAUUCGAUGGAAAUGCAUAUCAAGUUGAUAAGAUUGAUGAGCAUGGUGAAAUCAGACAGGCAGCUGGGAAUUACACUGGCAGGAAUGAACAGGUGCCAAUGUCAAUAGAUUUUUCUGUUUUUGGAUCAAGACCUAUGAGCAGACCGACAAUUAACAGUGCUGACAGAUCCCAUCUGAAGAGGAAACUAGAUCUUGAAUUCCAGCAUCCAGAAUAGAAACCAUUUUGGAUGGACUAUUCCAGGGAAUGCAUUUAUGAGGUAAUUAAUGAUUGUCGAGUUUGUUUGUAAUUAUGCGGCAGUAUUUCCUAUUUCUUACGCUGACAAGCAACAGCCUUUUUCUUGGCAUUUUCACCUACUACUAGGAACAUUAUCAUUUUUCACAUGUUUGAAGUUGUGGCACAAACAUGGGAAUAAUGAAGAUAAUUUCCAUGGAAAUACUGUGAUAACAAUUGGAAAGAUAGGACAUUUUUUUAGCAUUUUAAGAAAAUUCAGUGUGCUAUCCCUGGAUUCCUUUUUUUUCUUUUAAAUCUUUUUGGCCCCCUCAAUAUUUGAUGCUUGAUACUAUUUGAACUGUGCUUGGGUGCUUAAAUUCCAAUGCAAAUCAUGUUUUAUCA